GUCAUGAUCCAACAGUUGAUCAAACAGAAAAAAUCCUUUCUGUCUAUGCGUUGUAAAAUAGUCGUCAGUGAGUCGACAUGCUAGUUUUGGAGUCUGCAGUGUUUUUCAAGGCCCUCUUCCCUCCCCUCCUCAUACUUGACGGGAAUUUCUUCUCGAACCUCGAAGAAGCAUUUCCCUGCGUUGGCGUUUAAUAAAUUGUGCAUACAUAACACCGAUGUGAGACAGAGCCAGUGUUGUAAGUUGUAACGGACUAGAGAAACAGGGGAAAUGUCCGGUGAAUAUUUCGUGGAACGAGCGACGCUCGAGUACUCAACAAUAUUGUACAAAAGCACCAACAAACGAAGAUAAAUAACGAGGAUCAAUCCCACAUAUUCUGAGGUCCCAUGACAUGUUCAUUGUUCAUCGAGAGUUUACAAUAGAGGAACCACCGUUUUUAUGACACUUCUCUUUACACAUAUCGUCGUAAUUAUGCAUAAAUCCAACAGUGAUAACGCCAUGAGAAAUCUCUAUCUUAUCUUCUCUUUAGGUGAUUUGACUUUGAAUCAGUGUUAUAAACAAUUUCAUACCAUUUCCUACUGGAGGGCACCGAUACUGGCAAGUUUGACAGCAAGAUGCCAUCUACGUGUGGAGAUAUCCAGGAAGUGGCUGCACUUGGAGUGCACACCAACGUCAUCGAUGCAGUCUCAACAACAGACAGUGUGGGCACCCACAGCGAUGUCUCCUGUAACACAACAAUCUCGGGUCGUCCCCGCAUCCAAGUGGUUUGCAUACUGGAUCUCCAACAGCCUGAGCAGCUAGCGCCACGAAAACGCGCGCUAGACGAGAUAAAGCAAGCCUGCACCCUAGUGAACGCCAAUCUCAAUCAUGUUCAGUUCGAGAAGCUAGACUUUGGGGAGACCAACGUCCUGGACACGUUUUACAACGCAGAUGUGGCCGUUGUGGACCUCUCCCUCCAGCUCCAGCAGUCGGCUUUGUUCUAUCACCUGGGGGUUCGCGAGUCCUUCGGGAUGAAGGAGAAUAUUCUUCUUUACAAUGAUGUGGACAGCGAGGCGACAAUCAGGCUAAAGUUGUCCUGUGGGAGCUACACAUUUGUGUCUUACCGGGUCUUAGACUGUGGCACGUGUGUCACGACAACACUGGCAGCUACAAGAGGAGAAGAGGCAAUCGAUCCUAAACAACAUCUCACGUUGAGACUGAAGAAGCUCCUGCAGGACGUGGAGUUGCAGUCCAAGGCUCAUAUGAAGGAGAAAUUCUUGGUGGAUUUGAGGAAGGCUCGCGAGAUGUAUUCAGGAGACGAGCUAGCAAAAAUCCUCAACAACAUGAGAAAACGUCUGGACGAUCCUAACGUCCUCUCCGGAGAAGUGAUCCUCAACAUGUUGUUGUCAUUUAGAGAGAUUCAGGGAUACGAUGCCAUGGUGCAGCUCGUCGACGACCUUCGAACGAUUCCCAACCACAAGAACUACAUCAACACCCCCAUGAUAAUCUACCUCUACGGAUUUGCUUUGAGCAGAAGAAAUAAAGAGGGUGAUCGAGAGAAGGCAGUCAGAGUAAUUGAGAAGGCCCUUGCUAAGAAGGAGAACCAUGUCCCUGACAUGCUCUGCCUCUGCGGGAGAAUAUACAAGGAUCAGUUCGUGGAGAGUCGACACACCGAUCAAGAGAGCCUGAAAAACGCCAUCCACUGGUAUAGAAAGGGCUUCGAUGUCCAGCCGAACGAAUACGCUGGUGUGAACCUGGCGACUCUCCUGGUGAUUGCUGGUAACGAAUUCUCAAAGAGUGAGGAGCUCCAGCACAUUGGAAUGGUUUUGAACAAUCUGAUAGGGAAGAAGGGAAGCCUCUCCAGUCUGAAGGAGUACUGGGACGUCGCCACAUUCUUCGAAAUCUCUGUUCUCGCUGAGGAUUACUCCAAGGCCCUUCAGGCAGCCGAGUGCAUGUUCAAGCUGAAACCCCCAAACUGGUACCUAAAAUCCACAAUUGGCAAUAUUUCCCUCAUCGACAGAUUCCGGAAGAAGAGCGAGGAGGCGGAGGUCUCCCCUGAGGAACAGAUAUUCAGUUUUUGGAUGGAUUACUUUGUUGAAGCAACUAAAUCCGAAGUCGGAGACAGUAUCCGAUUUCCUCUGCUGAUUCUCGAGCCGACGAAGAUCUUAAUGCCAAGUUACGUCAAUGUCAAUCUUGGGGCUGAGGAGAAAUCCAUUCAGAUCUGGAAUCUCUGUUUGGAUAGCAUCAAGAACAACUGCAAACAGGUUCACGACUGGCUGUUCACUGCUGACAUGAUUCGAAGUGUCAGUUUAUACAAGAGGGAUGAACGAUGUUUAUUCCUCUACGUCCACCAGAAUUCCGAUGACUUCCAAAUGUUUUUCCCCUCGAUCCAAUGCAGACAGAGAUUCUACGAUCUUGUCCUGGAGAUGACAGCUGACGAAGAAGGCAUGGUGACGGAUCUUGACGCCUACAUGACUGACGACCAGAUAAAGUACGAGUACGAGCUCGAUGAUCAGAGCAAGAGGAUCAUCUUGGGAAAGGGGACCUAUGGAGUUGUUUUUGCUGCGAGGGACUUGAACACUCAAGUGAGGAUUGCUGUAAAGGAGAUCAGGGAGCGGAAUCUGGGGGACGUGCAGCCUCUGCACGAAGAGAUCAAGUUGCACAGUCAACUGAGGCAUCGAAAUAUCGUGCAGUAUUUGGGAUCUGUAAGUGAGGAUGGCUUCUUCAAAAUUUUCAUGGAGCAAGUGCCUGGGGGCAGUCUGUCCGCAUUGCUGAGGUCCAAGUGGGGCCCACUCAAAGAGAAUGAAUCCACUAUUUCUUAUUAUACGAAGCAAAUCCUCGAGGGAUUGAAGUAUCUGCAUGAUCAGAAAAUCGUUCAUCGUGAUAUCAAAGGUGACAACGUGCUUGUGAAUACAUACAGUGGAGUAGUCAAAAUAUCAGACUUCGGAAUGUCCAAGAGACUGGCUGGUUUAUGUCCCAGUACGGAGACUUUCACUGGUACCUUGCAGUACAUGGCACCGGAGGUUAUCGACAAAGGGCAACGGGGAUACGGUGCACCGGCGGAUAUUUGGUCGCUGGGUUGCACAAUCGUGGAAAUGGCAACGGGUAAACCACCGUUCAUUGAACUGGGCUCACCACAGGCAGCGGUAUUCAAAGUCGGAUAUUACAAAAUUCACCCAGAAAUUCCCUCGGAAUUAUCAGAACGUGCGAAGAGCUUCAUAUUACGGUGUUUUGAACCGGAUCCAGACGUGAGAGCAGCGGCUUCGGUUCUCUUGGAGGAUCCAUUUUUAACUGAGAAGAAAAAGAGCUCUCGACUGGCAGCACCACCAGACUUCAGUCGCAGUAUUUCAGUGCCAGGCGAUCGAAUUGAGCGGCUGGGAAAAUGUGACAAAACGAAUAAUAAUCACAUUGUCUCAGCACCUGGAAUACAGACAUCACAGUCCGACGACAGCGGAGCGUUGACGAAAUCAAGUCCAUUGAGAGACCGUAGUCCGGCCCAUCUGCUGUCACCAAUCAGUAUGCCAACUGCCUGCUUGUCUUUCAACAGUACAAUUGGAAGUACUCCAUCAAUAGAUAUAAGUGAAACGGACACAGCAGGGUGUUCAAUGACGCGAAGAAGUUCCUCAGGAGGAUUGCUCUCCCCCGAGGUGGAAUUAACUGGUCAGCCAGGUCAGAAAUCAGGAGAGGAGCAAGAAGGCUUUUAUCUCUUAAAAAAAGACAGUCAACGACGCAUGACAUUGACAAGAGUUCUCAGCCAAGACGAGGCAACAAUAUGCGAGGUCUGGCUGCGAAAUAUCCAUCAGGAUGUCGGACAAACUGUUCUACAAAUGCCACAUUUGGAGUUGCUCAUGCGUGGAAUACGAGAUUACAUAUCGGAUCAGAAUCAGGAAGCCAUUGCAGGGGCGUUCAGGACCCUCAAGGAGGAGUUGGACUUUGACUCUACCACCAUAAAUCAUUUUCAUCUUGCUAUUUAUCUAUUUCAAACAGCAGUUAACGAGGUACUGAGAAUGCACAGCAUUAAACCACAUUGGAUGUUUGCGUUGGAUAAUCUAGUCAGAAAUGCUGUGCAAGCUGCUAUCACUGUAUUAUCUCCAGAACUUGGUGCAGGUUUAAUUGAACAAGAACGUGUUCAAGCAGGCCCAGAUGGACCCGAGGAAGGCUCCACAUCUGGAGUAUCCACUGUAAACUCAAUAAAGUCCCAGAAAAUAGGGGAUUCCAUCGAUGCUAAAUACUGGAGAGAGUAUCGAGACCAAAUGGGCUCUCUCAAGAUUGAAAAUAUGAGGCUAUUGCAGGAGUUGUUGGACAGUCAGAAGACCUUCCACUCGAUCCUUCAACAAGCGUUGGAGGAACAGAGGGUGCAGGUGGGAACUCUGACCCAAUUGUGUGAGGAUAUCAGCAGGAAAUUCGUCAGGCAAGAGUCUGGCUAUAACUCAAGCUUAUGUGGCACAGCGACGUCACCGCAGCCACCUUUGGUACCUCAAAUAAGCAUAACAGACCACAACAACCCAUCAAACACAGACCACAGACUUGUGGAGUGGCUCCAAGGUCUUGGUGUAGACGAUGCCUCGAUUGACAGGUUUAUUUAUGAGGAGUACACACUUGAGGAUGUAUUGUUCCACAUGUCACGAGAUGAUCUGAGGAAAUUAAACCUGAGGGGAGGUGUAGAGCUGAGGAUAUGGAUGGCGAUAACUUCACACAGACAAGAUAAUAAUUUUUCAUAAAUUUUGCUAAUCAGAGUUCAUCGAAAUUUCAUCGUUAAAAAUAAUCAUGUUUUUAUACAGUAUAUGUAUUACCCGUUUUUUUCUUUAAGUAAGUUUUUUAUUUUUAUUCCAAUUCAGGAACGUAAAGAUUUAUAUAUUGUGUCAAAUCAGAAACUAAUCGAUUAAUUAAUCUUUCGUUAUAAAAAAAAAUCCAUUAAUGAAAAAGCUGAAUCAAGAUUUGAUGAUGAAAUCUCUGUUCGUUACACUAUCAUUCACUGUAGAAGAAAAUUAAUGAAUUCUCUUUGAAAAAAAUGACCUUGACAUUCUGUAUCAAGAUGAUUUAAUAAUCACCUAAACAGAAUGAUGCAAUUCAAUUGAUUAAACUUGGCCAAUAAAUACGUAUCUUUACGUUCACUAAUCACAUUGAAACCAAGAUAUUAAAGUCGAGAUAUUACCAUUUGAUGUGAUAAAUCUAGCACGCCCAAUGUUCAAGUGCCUUUGAACUGAUUAUUUUUUCAGCAAACUCGAGAUUUAUCGAUUGUUAUAUUUAAACUGUCUUCCUACGAAUGUACAAAUUUAUCGAGAGAAAUAUUUACCAUAAAGUUGAUUAUUUACAAAGUAAA